UGGAGACAACGCCACCGUCGAGUGACUCCGCGGCGGCGGCGGCGGCUAGAACCACUCCCGUUUCCACAGCAAUGGCGAUGGCAUCGGCGACCCCCUCCCUGAUCUCCAGCUAGCGAGCGAGUGUGAGCCCGAGCUGGGACGCGCCAACUCCCUCUUCGGCUCUUCUUCCAUGGAGCACUGCGACGGGGAGAACUCCGCCAAGCGACCCAUUCUCUCCGACGGCGGCGGAAGCGAGGACCGCCUCAGCGCGCUUCCCGACGACGUUCUGAUCCACAUCCUUCUCAAGCUUCUCGAUGUGGCCGUCGCCGCGCGGACCAGCGUCCUCUCCAGUCGCUGGCGCCGCAUCUGGAGGCUGCUCCCGGAGCUCAACUUCCCCUUCCCCAGUGACCCCCAGCACGUACGCCUUGCCCUCACCGCCCAUGAAGCGUCGGCUCUCCACCGCCUCUCCGUUUAUUUCAUCGACGCCACCGCCGAGUCCGUGGCGGCCUGGCUUCCCAUGGCCGCGCGCCGCCUCUCCGGCAAUCUACUCCUCAUCAACACGGCGCCGCAUAAUGAGACGGAGGACGAGGCCGCGGAAGGGGGCGCCCUUGAGCUCCCCUGUUUCGAGACCGCCACCUCGAUCCACCUCGAACUAGGAUAUCUUGGCCUCGCGGUGCCACCAUUGGGCGAAUUCGCUGGACUCACCGAUCUCUUCUUGGCUUGCAUCAAGCUACAUGGCCCGUGCGAGCUCGGUGAAGCAGUCUCCUCUCUGCGGUGCCCAUCUUUGCAGAGACUCACUGUCUGUGAUGCCUGGGGUAUGGUCAACUUCAACAUUCACUCUGAGUCUCUCAAGAAAUUGAAACUGAGAAAUCUGCAUCAGCUGCAACAGCUCACUGUUAUGACUCCGGCACUCAUACACUUAUGUGUGAGCUCUUGCUUUUCUUCGAGUCAUAAUCAACCCGUUGCAAACAUCUCCGCCCCUCAGCUGGUAUCCCUCGAUUGGGGGGAUCAUUAUGAUCCAAGGUUCACACAGCUUGGCAAGAUGGAAAAUCUAGAGUGUCUAAGCCCAUACCCUUUUCUUGUAUGUGGACUGGCCGAAUCUGCACAGGAAUUGAAUAGCUCUUGUGUCAGGCUUCUACAACGCUUUGAGCUCAUCCGGAGUCUCAGCUUGACACUUGCCAAUGUGCCGCAGGACAUUCCUAACAAGCAGUACAUGAUGGAAGACAUUAAAAGGCUCCCGGACCUGACACACUUGACCCUGUAUAUAAAUCCACAAGGACACUCCUUUGGGGCCAGUGUGUUCCAUUUGCUCAGGAUGUGUACUGGUGUGAGAAACCUGGUACUUAAAUUUUAUAGCACACCUCAUCACCCUGAGAGAGUGGCACAUAGCUUUGAUUAGGUUGGGACGGAUUGGGGCGGGUGGGUAGGAGAUGAUGGCAUUGCAAGACAACGAGGUUGACGGCAGCCAUCACUGAGGGAGGUGGUGGUGGUGGUGCGGGAGUGGUGAAGAGAAAGCGGCUGCCACGGGGAGCUGUGGAACUGUCAGAGUUAGAGGAGGUGACCCUCUGGGAAUAAAUCCUGACAGGAUCCUGCUGUUUUGGCAGCUUCCAUUACAAAUAUACGUCAGUUAUGUGAAUUUGAUAUGAGUAAUUGCAUGGCCGGCUCGAUCUUGACAAAGUAGGAUUUACGAGAUAAUAUACUAUACUAUUUUUCUUUGCGGUUUUUUAAGAGUGCAUCAGUAAGACAAUAACCGUGGUCUACGGCCAAUUUAAGAUCUCCUUCAAUAUGCUUAAUCGAUUGGACAAUAGCUCGACUGUAUAUGAACUAAAAUUUGUUCAACUUCGUGUUUGGUAGAAGAAUCAUAUCUAUUAUAUUACUAUGAUAGAAAAUGAAUGUUGAGAUUCGUCGACAGAAAGACGAGCUACUUCAGUGGUGUAUUUUCUAGCUGUUGUUUUCCUUUCCUCUUCUCAGGAUGCAUCAGCCAACAGUUUCACUACUAGAUUAGCACACCAACUAUUUAGGCUCACAUUACCUAAGAAAUACUAUAUGUAUGCUAGCUAGCAAUUGUAUGAAAAAAAUCAACCACAUGCUAAGCUAACAGUUUUUUUAAGGCUCACAGUU